AUGAAGAAAGGUUUCCCAGGCAAGGCAACGCCAAGAUUUCAAAAGACGCGCAACGCCAAGAUUUCAAAAGACGCUAAAGAGACGGCGCAGGAGUGUGUCUCAGAGUUCAUCAGCUUCAUCACGGGACAGGCCUCAGAUAAGUGCCGGAGAGAGAAGAGGAAGACAAUCAACGGUGACGAUCUAUUGUGGGUCAUGACGACGCUUGGGUUUAAGGACUACGUGGAGCCUCUCAAGAUUUAUUUGGACAAGUUCAGAGAGAUGGAGGGUGAGAGGACUGCUGGAACAGGAAUGGCUAGGCAGCUGCUGCACGCUGAUCAUCAUCCUCAUGAAUAUCAUGAUCAAAGGCAGAGAGAGCAGUUGCAGCACCUGCAUGCACCUGGGAUGAACAUGUAUGGUGGGAUGAUGAUUGAUGGGUCAUCAACAUCAUCAUCAUCAUCAAGGUCAAGGGCAUCAUCCUUAUCUUUAUGGAUCUGGUAG